AUGGAACUGAAGGCUGAGGAGGAGGAGGUGGGUGGCGUCCAGCCGGUGAGCAUCCAGGCCUUCGCCAGCAGCUCCACGUUGCACGGCCUGGCCCACAUCUUCUCCUACGAGCGGCUGUCUCUGAAGCGGGCGCUCUGGGCCCUCUGCUUCCUGGGCUCACUGGCUGUGCUGCUGUGUGUGUGCACCGAGCGUGUGCAGUACUACUUCCACUACCACCACGUCACCAAGCUCGACGAGGUGGCUGCCUCCCAGCUCACCUUCCCUGCUGUCACGCUGUGCAACCUCAACGAGUUCCGCUUUAGCCAAGUCUCCAAGAAUGACCUGUACCACGCUGGGGAGCUGCUGGCUCUGCUCAACAACAGGUAUGAGAUACCAGACACACAGAUGGCUGAUGAAAAGCAGCUGGAGAUACUGCAGGACAAGGCCAACUUCCGCAGCUUCAAGCCCAAGCCCUUCAACAUGCGCGAGUUCUACGACCGCGCGGGGCACGACAUUCGAGACAUGCUGCUCUCCUGCCACUUCCGGGGGGAGGUCUGCAGCGCUGAGGACUUCAAGGUGGUCUUCACACGGUACGGAAAGUGCUACACGUUCAACUCUGGCCGAGAUGGGCGUCCCAGGCUGAAGACCAUGAAGGGUGGGACGGGCAAUGGGCUGGAGAUCAUGCUGGACAUUCAGCAGGACGAGUACCUGCCCGUGUGGGGCGAGACCGAUGAGACGUCCUUCGAAGCGGGCAUCAAAGUGCAGAUCCACAGUCAGGAUGAACCUCCCUUCAUCGACCAGCUGGGCUUCGGUGUAGCCCCAGGGUUCCAGACCUUCGUGGCCUGUCAAGAGCAGCGGCUCAUCUACCUGCCCCCGCCCUGGGGCACCUGCAAAGCUGUUACCAUGGACUUGGAUUUCUUCGACUCCUACAGCAUUACCGCCUGCCGCAUCGACUGUGAGACCCGCUACCUGGUGGAGAACUGUAACUGCCGCAUGGUGCACAUGCCAGGGGACGCCCCAUACUGCACUCCAGAGCAGUACAAGGAGUGUGCAGAUCCUGCCCUGGACUUCCUGGUGGAGAAGGACCAGGAGUACUGUGUGUGUGAAAUGCCCUGCAACUUGACUCGCUAUGGCAAGGAGCUGUCCAUGGUCAAGAUCCCCAGCAAAGCGUCAGCCAAGUACCUGGCCAAGAAGUUCAACAAGUCUGAGCAGUACAUAGGGGAGAACAUCCUGGUGCUGGACAUUUUCUUUGAAGUCCUCAACUAUGAGACCAUUGAGCAGAAGAAGGCCUAUGAGAUCGCAGGACUCCUGGGUGAGCUGCUGAUGGCAUCUGUCCCCUUCCCAUGCCAUGGGCAUGGUGUGACACCUUACCACCCGAAGCAGGCUGCUCACCUCCGUCCCACAAGGCCUCCUCCCCUGCCAGCCCCAGGGGCCUUCCCCUGCCCCAGUGAGCUCUGUGACAUUGGAGGCCAGAUGGGUCUGUUCAUCGGGGCCAGCAUCCUCACUGUGCUGGAGCUCUUCGACUACGCCUACGAGGUGAUAAAACACAAGCUGUGCAGACGAGGGAAGUGCCAGAAGGAGGCAAAACGGAGCAGCGCGGACAAGGGCGUGGCCCUCAGCCUAGAUGACGUCAAAAGACACAACCCGUGUGAGAGCCUCCGGGGCCAUCCUGCCGGGAUGACGUAUGCUGCCAACAUCCUACCUCACCAUCCGGCCCGAGGCACUUUUGAGGACUUUACCUGCUGAGCUCCGCAGGCCGCUGUACCAAAGGCCUAGAUGGGGAGGGCUAGGAGAGCAAGGGGGCCCCCAGCUGCCCCGCCCUGGGGACUCACUCCCCCCUCCAAGGCAGCCCCCCACUCCUGGGCGGUCCUUUCCUCUUGUCUGUGGUGAGGAAGGAGUCUUGACCGUAGAGUCCUCUCCCUGCCUCUAACCCAUUGUUUUUUUUGUUGUUGUUUUUUUAACAAAACUAAUCUAAAACAGAAACUAAAAAGAGAGAACGGGGCGAGUGACCUCAGGCUGCCCCUCUCUGCUCCAUGCUGCCUCCCACAGCUCCCAGCCUGAAUUGUCUGUCUGGCUGUCUGUCAUCUGAGUGUCCACCUACAUUUUGCUGCCACCAGUCACCAAAGCCCCCUCCCAGUGGGGGGUGGAGGGGAUCCUCGGGGUCUGGAAUUUGGCCCCACACCAGAGAAUGUACCUUGAAGGGGAGGGCUAGUAGGGGGGGCUUCCCCAGCCUUAAGAGACCCUCUCAGCCCAGUGACCGCCCCCAACCCCAAGUCUCCAGGCAGGAUCCCGAGUCGUGUCUGUUCCCUCCCCACCACCCCACACAGUGUGAAGUCUCUAGGGAGGUAGGGGUGGGGAAUCCCCUGAAGAAGUGGCACUGGGGACAAGCUGUGGCCCUGGUGCUGUAGGCCACAUCCUGAUACCUACAAGUUCACCCCCACCCAGAGCUGCUGGAGAGAUAUCCCAAGAGGCGGCCCUCCUCUGCCAUCCCAUAAAAGAUUCAGCUGGUUGGCUUCCAGCUCAGGGAGAGGGGCACUGGUGCCUAACCUCACUGGUCCCUCUCCCAGGGGCCCCUGCAGAGGGCCACAUCCAUAAAUUUUCUUAUGGAACUCUCCCAAGUCCUCUCCCGAAACGUCAUUUGCUUCUCUCAACAACUUCAUCUGCAUUUUCUAUUUCUAUAUGAUACAGACUCUAUAUUGCUAUAUCUCUGUAUAUACUUUCCCCUGACUCUGUCUCUACUUCAUCCCCUCUUGUCUCUAAGAACCACCCUCCGACCCCAAGUUCCCCUUCUGUGUUUCCACCCCCUCCCUGGUCUCUGAAUGCCUUCGCCUGUAUGAAGAGUUGGAUUCUCCCCUGGUGUCUGUACUGUGUACACACAUCCCUCUAAGAAGCACAAGGAGACGACACGCGCAUUGUAACCUUCGCACUGUCUCGGUGGCGACAUAAAGGAAGCUGUGAAUUACAAGCUCUGCCUCUUUCUGGCCUCACCUUCUCUCCCCAACCUGGGUACCCUUUGCCCUCCCUGCAGCCUUAACAUUCCCACCCCUGCUUCACCCACCCCAAUGUCCUUUGCCUAGCUGACUGUGGCCUCCCCAUGGAAGGGGGUUGCUACAGAGAGAGCCCCUACCCAUGGGAUUGAGAUCUGCAGAGACAGAGGGAGCUGUGGGUUGAUGACUUCUGCAGCUGAAGCAGCGGGGUGCUGACAGGCAGAGGCUGAGGUCUUCAGUCAGUGGCCUUUGCCUCCUUCUGGAUGCCCAGGCCUCUUUGCUCACCUAAUACCCAAGCCCACCACUUAUAUUUUCUGGUAAGGUACAGUUUGGUAGUGGGAAGAAAGAGACAGGCCUAGAGGGGAAGUUGAAAGCUCUGCCGUUCUGUCCCUCCCUUCCUACCUUAAAGAGAAACCAGCGAGGUAGAGUACCUGCCAUGCCCCCUCCACCAGGCAUUCCUCCCAGGCCAGAGCCCUGCCCCUUCACAGGCCUUCUCUGCCCAGCUGUCUCAGUCUCCAACCCCAGAACAAGACCUGUGGCAGGUCACCUGUGCAUUGGCCUGCAGUUGGAGAGUGAGGAUAUAGGAUCCUUGGGAAUUCUUGGCUCCUAGGAGUUCCUUAGAGAUCAGACUUCUCCAGAGGGAAGCAGGAGCAAGGCCAAAGGGUGUGUUCCGGAUGGAGAACAGCAGGCAGGGCUAUGGGUGACGCAUGCCUCUGGUCUAAUAAACUGGGUUUUAACUAUCUCCU